GCCAUGGUGCUUUACCUAUAUAAGACGCCGGGAGUCUGCCAAAUGGCAAUUGCUCGCCUCCAACCGAUCCACUAAGCCAUGAGGACUUUGGUGUUCCCCGUCGUUGUUCUUGCGCUGGUGGCCACCGCACGGGCUGGGAAUGUGGCCUUGGCAGGAGGCCUGGGCGGCCUGGGUAGCGGUGGUGUGCUCCUCGGUGCAGCCCCGGCAGUUGGACUGGGGGGUGUAGGCGUUGGCAGCUCCGUUGCUCUGCUGCAAGGAGGACCGCCCUUCACUAAGGCGGUGGCGGGACCUGCUUUCCUGGUCAGGACGGUACACCACGUGAGCAAGGUCCAUGGUGGAGGCGCCAUUGUUGCCCACAGCGGCCUCGGAGGCGGCGUUGGCCUUGGAGGAGUCGGCCUCGGAGGUCUUGGCUACGGUGGGCACGGAGGUCUCGGCUACGGAACUUACGUCCUCAAGGGCUGAUGAGAAAAGUGCGGUCAAUAUCUGCAUUUUGCUAGAUCCGGGGUUGUCGCAUGUGCAACCAAUGGACAGCACCUCAGCCACCAAUUUUCAAUGCCAGCAACCCAUCUCGGCAGUCCUCAUGCAGCUUCAGUAGCGUGUACAAUACAUCAUAAUAAAGUCAUGCCAGACUGCCAAAUAGCAA